UUGAGGUUUCUGACCUAACCCAUCAUUACGAUUUACUCUUACGCAUGUCUGAUUCCCCUUUCUCUAUCCCUAUUUCUCAUAUCCGACCAACCCAAGAAGAAGAAAUCACAAUUUUUGUAUAUCAUAUCAUCUCUAACAUGGGUUUCUCGUCCUACAAUAUAUAGGAAAGAAUCAGAGAGAUAGCAUAUGCAAGAAUAAUGGGUUAUUGUCCAUGCUUUGGCAGGAAGAAGUCAGUCCAAUUGAAGAGAGAAGAAAAGCCAGAAUUCAAUUCAUCCACAGUUCUUAACCUGUCUGAAUUCUCAUCUGAUAAACCAAACGCAAUAGAACCAUCACUUUUGAUUGAUACUCUUGAAUCUAGUCAUCAAUCACUUUUGAUUGAUCCUCUUGAAUCUAGUCAUAGAUCGAAUGCAGAUCAAUCAAACACAGAUGAAGAGUCAAGACCCGAACCAUCACUUUCGAUUGAUCCUCUCGAUUCCAGUAGUAAUCAAUCCAUUACAUUCAGAUAUAGGGAGCUAGCAAAGAUAACAAAUGAUUUUAGGAUCUUGAUUGGUCAAGGAGGUUUUGGCAUGGUUUACAAAGGGAAGAUUGAAGGUACAGGUCAGUGUGUUGCUGUUAAAAGACUAAAUGAGACAAGUUUUCAAGGGGACAAAGAGUUUCUUGUAGAGGUUCUUAUGCUCUCUCUUUUACGACAUCCUAAUCUUGUCCACAUGAUUGGUUACUGUGCUGAAGGAAAUCAACGGCUACUUGUUUAUGAGUUCAUGCCCUUGGGUUCAUUAGAAAUGCAUCUUCACGAACUAGAACCUGGAAUGGAGCCAUUAGAUUGGAACACUAGAAUGAAGAUAGCAUUAGGUGCAGCUUAUGGAUUGGAUUACUUACAUAAUGUAGCAGAUCCUCCUGUUAUAUACAGGGACUUAAAAUCUUCUAACAUAUUAUUGGAUAACGAUUUCAUCCCGAAACUUUCCGACUUUGGCCUUGCAAAAUUCGGGCCCGAAGGUGAUGACUCACAUGUAUUAACUAGAGUCAUGGGCACUCAAGGCUAUUGUGCUCCUGAAUACAGCCUGACCGGAAAAUUGACCAAGUAUUCUGAUAUCUAUAGUUUCGGUGUAGUCAUGUUAGAACUUAUUACGGGUAAAAAAGCGUUUGAUUCGUCUAGAGAACGUGGAAAAGAGAGUUUAAGUUAUUGGGCGUGGCCUUUGUUAAGAGACAGGAAGAAUAUAUUUCAAUUGGCUGACCCAUCAUUGAACGGUCAAUUCCCCAAGUCAGUUUUUCGAAUGGCGGCUGAAGUGGCAUGCUUGUGUCUACAUGAGCAUGGUCGUUCUCGUCCCGGGACUAGUGAAAUUGUGCGUGCCUUGGAGUAUCUGAUUUCGCACCCACAUUUUCUAACACGAAAAAGUAAAAAAAUGAGAGAUAUGGUUACCACUACGGGUGAAGAAGAAGAGUCUACAACUAUGAAUGAGGCAAACUUAAUCAAAGAUUUAGAAAGACAACGAGCUAUUGCGGAAGCCAAAAGUUGGGGAGAGGCUUGUAGGGGAAGACACGAUGGUUUAGGUGGCAUUGAGCAAUAACUGAGUCAAUGGGAAUGUGCAUCCUAUUUGAAAACACUUUUUAUUCAUGUUUCUAUAUCCCAUAUACAAAAUGUUUGGAUUUUAAACUUUGUACAGAGUCUAGACAUAUUGAGAGAAAAAGAAACAGUUUUUGGAUUCAGAUAUAGAAAAUAAUUUAAAAGUGUUUUAAUUGAGGUUAAUGCA